GGGGGGGUUGGGGUCAUGAGACAAGGUGACAAACAGAGGAGAAUGGCAAAAGUACCUGGCAGAAAGAGUGAAAGAGGGUGGUUAAAAGCCUACAUGUUCUAGCUCAUUUAUUUUAGUCAAUCUGUGACAGUGGUGUUCAGUGUUAAUGAUUCAUGGAGAGACAAGAAGGAUAGGGAAAGUGGGAGUCGGCACCAAUUGGCCAUGCUCCAAAGAGCCUGCAGUGGGGUAGUUUGAUACAGGACAGAGAUAGAAGGGGGAGAACGAGAGAGAGAGAGAGAGAGAGAGAGAGAGAGAGAGAGAGAGAGAGAGAGAACGCAAAGGAAAAGGAAAAUGUAAGAAGACAGGUAAGGCAAAAGGAACAGAGGGCACAAGACUGGGAACAUGUGACAUGGGGAAGCUGAGAAAUUCCAAAGGUCUUUGUUGAAGGAGCAGCCUUGAAUAAUUCUGACAGUGAACUAAGGAGGUGCCAGCUUGCGUCACUGAAUACUCCUUAGACAAUUAGAGCCUCUUUUCAUCAAAGAAAAAAAAACAGGCACCGAAUUAUUACAGACCACAUGACCUGGACAUCUGAAAGUGGCUGCAAGGAAACCUCAACUAAAACCUCAGAAAAGAAACAGAAAAUAUGGAUGGCUGGCCCCUUCACCAAAGUUGACUGGGGUUGAAAGGACAUGCACUGAACACAGGAGGUGCUGGACACUCCGAGAGGACUGGACAAGUCUGAGCUGGUGGCACAUUCAUAAAGAGCUGAAAUAGAAACGGCAGCUUUAGAUCAUCUAUUGUUCUAUUCCAUAGCAGAAACUUUCAUCCGAGACUUGGAUUUUGGUUUUGUGUUUUCCUUCUACAACUGUUAUAUAUAUAUAAAAAAAAGAUGUAUAUUGAAACAGCAUGGCUAGUUUAUUCAAACCUAUAUGCAUGGGACAUAUUGCAGUGGAACAAUGCCUCCUCUUAAAGGAUGAGAUUUGUUGUCACCAUCGGAAUGUUGCUAUAUCUGAUUAGCAAGCAUAUUUGAGCCUGAGGGUCAGAGCACAUAAACAGGACAAGACAAGGACUGCCUCUUCUCAGCUCCAAGGCUAACAGAGCACUGGGGUUUAUCCAUAUACCUGCACAUGGGAAAAGAGACAAGAGAGAAGACUGAGAGAAAAGCAGGACACACUAUACUAAAACUAAAAAAAAAAAAAAAAAAAAAAAAACCCCACCUCAGAAUGAGCAAGAAGCAGAAAAUUGUUUUUAUUUGCGUUUUCGCAGUCCUUUGUUCCAUUCUGGGAUACUAAGCCAUUCACAGGCGCUGUGAUUUUAAAACUGUAGUAGGGUGUGCAUCUGAGAAACGAAGACACAAGAUACAAGCGAGGAGGAGAAAGAGGAAGAUGCCUGAGAGCAAGCAGGCAGUCCACCGAACAGGAAGCUACCUCUCCAACUCCGCUUACAGAAAAAUUAAGAGAGUGUUGAGCUUUAGAAGGCGUCAGGUAGGAACCCAGGGUUUGAUCAAUUACACCCCUGCCUUUCCUCUAAGGUGUGUUUGGGCAGCGGUUGGAGGAGACGGUGCUAUAUGAGCGUCGGUAUGGAGACCACAUGGCUCCACUUGUGGUGGAGCAGUGUGUGGACUUCAUUAGGGAGCAGGGGCUGAUGGAAGUCGGACUCUUCAGGCAACCCGGCCAGGCAACACUUGUCAAAGAGCUGCAAGAGGCUUUUGAUGCGGGUGAAAAACCUUCCUUUGAUAGCAGCACAGAUGUCCACACAGUGGCCUCUCUGCUGAAGCUCUACCUCAGAGAGUUGCCUGAACCAUUAGUACCCUUCUCUCGCUAUCAAGAGUUUCUUAUAUGUGGCAAAAAAAUCCCCUCAGACAGGGAACAGGGAUUGCUGGAAUUAAGAAACCUUCUUCACGAGCUACCAGUAGCUAAUUUUAAACUUCUGAAGUACAUCUGUCAGUUCUUAAAUGAGGUCCAGUCCUUCUCUAGCACCAAUAAGAUGAGUAUCCAAAACCUAGCAACUGUUUUUGGACCAAACAUUCUUCGACCUAAAGCUGAAGACCCUGAAAGUAUAAUUGGGGGUGCAGCUGUAGUGCAGCAUCUGAUGUCAGAGCUGAUCAGAGAGCACAGUGUGCUCUUCUCAAGAGAAAACAACCGCAAGGCACCAGGAACCUCCCUACCAGCUUUUGCUUCCAUACAUAGACAAGGCAGCCGGGUAGAUUGGGUGCACACCAAGCCUACUGCUCCUCCAAGAGAGCCUCAUCUAGGACUUAACACCAACUGUGUGUCCCAACCAGCUCAGACUUUCAAGCCAUGCUCCCGGAAAUUUUCUCUACCUCUUAUGACUGAACAGAGAUUUUCUUCCCAAAGUUCUCACACCCCUCUUCACCUACCUGAGAUACAGCAGCAAAAAAUGGAAGUCUCUUCUCAGGCAAGCUCGGCUCUUCUUUAUGAAAACCACAGUCUAUCUCUCUCGGCACAGGAGUCUCCUCACUCUGGACUUGUACCCCCCCCCACCACACCACCAACUGCCUCCUCCUCAACGAUUACAGUGGCAGAAGUUGGGCAUGAGGGCUGUUUGCAGUCUACAAGCUGGCCUGGCCUGAGGCAAUGGGAGACAGAGAGAGCUCUAGGGAACAGAGAGGGGAGCAGUGAAGCCCAGGACAGCACAUUAUCUGUGUAUGACAACAUGGUAACUGGGGUGCAGAUGGAUGACUGUGUAGAAGAAGGGGAAGCUGGCACUGGGAUAGUAGACUUGGAGGGUGGUACUGCUAGAAUGGCCGACAGCACUAGUUCCUGGUCCUCCUGUGAGAUCCUGCUUGGGGAUGGGGGCUCUGGUAGUGGUGGAACUGCUAGUCCCUGCCACAGCUCUGUAUGUUUCCCUUUUUUAAGGUCGGAACUUGGAGAAAGUGAUGUACACCCAAACUCCCCUGCUUCUUCCACAGCCCCAACAGAUGCCCCACUGAGUACAGGUAGCAGUGAGGUCUUUCUUCCAAAUGCUCCUUCAGAUUCACAAGACCCCCCUGCCCCUCAAGCAAUACAGUGCCUCGUGGUUGGCCUACGGCAGCAAAUGGCCAUUCAGAAAGCUGAGUAUGAAGACAAGAUCAACAGGUUGGAACAGCGUAACGAGGCCCUCCAGGGGCUUGUAGCAGGACUGCGUGCAACUCUGGAGCAACAGCGCAGAUGUGUCAGCGUCGCUGAAAUCAAGAUGCGGAACAUGGAACGAGCUCGGGCUGAUGCAGACCGACGAAAUGCUGCACUACAAUGCGAAAUGGAGCAGUUCUUCGACACCUUUGGAGAGCUAAACUCGGAGGCUCGGAAAACAGAGCGCAUCAUUCAAAGCUUCUGAGACUCCUGAACAGUGCUUCCAUACUGAGACUGACACCUAAAAAUUCUCUCCGGCAUGUACAAAUGUUAACAGCUGACUGGAUCAAGCGUGAAAAUAGGAUCCAAGAACUGAAAAAGAAGACACGCAUGUCUGCGAUACAGCUAAACAAAGACAAAGAAAUGACUCAAACAUAGGAUAGGAGGUGUUAGCAAGCAUGGUGUUAUAAAAUACACAAGAAAGAGUCUAUUCUUAUGGAGUAUUGAGUGUAACAUCUUAAGAGACUGUUUCAACUUUGAUCUAUGACUAAACUCCUUAACUAACACUGGGGGAUUCAAGUGAAAUUAAACUCAAAUUAAAUUAACUCUAUUUACCAACUUUAAUAAAAAACAAAACAGUAACACAGAUCCAUAUAGAAAUUACUUAAUCCACUUAAGUAAUAAAAAAAACCCUGCAUUUGUACCAAAAUAAAAUGUAAGAAAUGUAGAAAAGCAUUUAAUUUAAAGUGUUUUAUUUGGCAAUUUGUUACAGAUAUUUCUUUUUGCCACCCCACCCCCCCACCCCCCACAUAGAAAUGAAUGGAUUGGACACUCAGUUGAAGCAGACCUAUAAUCCUGUUUGAGAUUUUGCAUAUGUUUCAGACAGGGUUGAAUGACUGAA